AUGCCCCAGCUAAAGCAUACAUUCUUGCGAUCAAGAGUCAUUCCGGUUAUUGUAGCUGCACAAAGCAGGGCUGCACUAUCGAAGGUGAAUACAUCAGUGAUAGAGGUUGCUUUCCCAGAGACAGGUGCACCAUUGGGGACAGAUGAGAGCUUCCGUGGCCAAGAGCAAGAAGAGCCCCACCUUGGUACAUCCAUACUCGAGGAGCUCCCGAUUGAUAUGGUGAAACAGGUGCCAUUAGACUAUAUGCACUUGGUAUGCCUCGGGGUGCAAAAGCGACUGCUCUUCUUGUGGUUCAGAGGAACUAGAGGCCACCGCCUAAGUCCAGCGCUCCGUGAAACAAUCUCUGUAAAGCAUGCCUCACUGUCGGCAUUUGUUCACUCAGAUUUUGCUAGAAAACCGCGGUCCAUGUCAGAAUUAGAUCGUUGGAAGGCGACAGAAUUGAGAAUGUUCCUUCUGUAUACGGGUCCACUGUGCCUUGCGACUUCUCUUCCUAGGGCCCAGUAUAAGCACUUUCUAGAGCUUCAUGUUGCCAUCUCCAUACUGGUGAGCCCCAGCCUUAGCCUUUCCCAAGAGCACACAGAAUAUGCCCAUAAGCUGCUGUGCCACUUUGUCAGAAAGCACGCGGAUAUCUAUGGAGAGGAGUCCGUUUCCCACAACGUUCAUAGGCUGACCCACCUUGUUGCUGAAGUGCGAAACCACGGGCCCCUCGAUCGGUGGAGCUCAUUCCCGUUCGAGAAUUAUAUGCAGACUCUGAAGAAGUACCUGCGAAAGCCUGAAAGGCCACUUGAGCAGCUUCAUAAUAGGAAACUUGAGCAGAGAAGCAUCACUCCUGAAAAGCUUCCGCCUCCAAGUGCCGUACGGGUGUCACUCCCCAUGAGAUGUACUCCGCCUCUCUACAGGCGUGUAACUGUUCCAAGGUGCUUUGAAUUGCGGAAUAACAGCAGUGACAGCACGUGCUUGUUGCACGACGGUAGUUUUGUGAAAAUCACAGCUCCUGCCAGGUACAGCAUUAUCAAGUUCCCUGGCGAACAGGACCAGGUGGCCGUUGUGCCAUCAUCAUGGAUCGUUGGGGGCUCCUGCUUGUGGCCUCCAGAAAAGGAGGAGAAGAAAGUUGGACUCUACGUUGGAAAGAACAAAUCACCAGGAGCACACUGGAAGUCCGUCGAUUGUGAAGAGAUGGAAACAUACGAAACAUAUGACGAAGCAAGGCAGGUGCUGCCUCUUGCCACCAACACAUCAGAUCUUAAUUGUGAGGCGGAGUACGGACGUGGAAAACGGCGCAGGACAAAGAGGAUGCUCUCUGAUGAUGAAGAUGACAGUUCUCCCCCUGUGACACCUCCCAGUCAAUCAAAACCGAGGCGGCAGGUGCAAAAGAAGCGCCGUGUGAUUCAGGACCUGUCUGAGGAGGAGUGUUCACCACCUCCUAGCCCUACCUUUUGGGACAAAGAGCCACGCUCACAAGGCAAUGACUGCAGCCAGCAGCCAUCACUUUUUCGCCCAACAACAAUUUGGAGCUCUCCUUCAUGCACGACUCGUGAUGACAACAGCCAGCAGCCGUCCUACUUCCACCCAGCAGUGAGUCAGCGCUCCUCCUCAUCCACAAGUCGUGAUGACAGCAGCCAGCAGCCAUCCCGCUUCCACCCGUCAUUGAGUCAGCACUCCUCCUCAUCCACAACUCGUGAUGACAACAGCCAGCAGCCAUCCCGCCUCCACCAAGGGUUGAGUCAGCGCUCCUCAUCCACAACUCGUGAUGACAGCAGCCAGCAGCCAUCCCGCUUCCACCCGUCAUUGAGUCAGCACUCCUCCUCAUCCACAACUCGUGACGACAACAGCCAGCAGCCAUCCCGCCUCCACCAAGGGUUGAGUCAGCGCUCCUCAUCCACAACUCGUGAUGACAACAGCCAGCAGCCAUCCCGCCUCCACCAAGCAUUGAGUCAGCGCUCCUCAUCCACAACUCGUUAUGACAACAGCCAGCAGCCAUCCCGCCUCCACCAAGGGUUGAGUCAGCGCUCCUCAUCCACAACUCGUGAUGACAACAGCCAGCAGCCAUCCCGCCUCCACCAAGCAUUGAGUCAGCGCUCCUCAUCCACAACUCGUGAUGACAACAGCCAACAGCCAUCCCGCCUCCACCAAGGGUUGAGUCAGCGCUCCUCCUCUUCCACACGACAACGGAUGUGCCAAAGUGCUGGCGCUCAUGAGCAGACACCUUCAUCGUCACUGCGCCACACUUCAGGUUAGAUGUCAUCAGUGUUUGGACUCUGUGGAACAGCUACUAUACUUCAUAUUUUUCUGCAUGUUGCAUGUCACUGCACAAUGGUCAUCCUGUUGGAUACUCCACGUCUGCAUGUGUUGCUCAUCAAUAAUAUUAGUACGAUGUAUGAUAUGCAGCAAA